AUGACUAGCUUGAUAAAUCGUGGUCGUCGUAGUUGUGGUUGUCGUAGUUGUGGUUAUCGUAGUAGUCGUAGUGGUAGUGGUAGAAGUAGUACUAGUACUGGUGGUGGAAGUACUUGUACUUGUAGUCGAAGUGCUGGUGCUAGAACUGCUGGUACUAGAACUUGUGGUGCUAGUACUGCUGGUAGUCGAAGUGCUGGUGCUAGAACUGCUGGUACUAGAACUUGUGGUGCUAGUACUGCUGGUAGUCGAAGUGCUGGUGCUAGAACUGCUGGUACUAGAACUUGUGGUGCUAGUACUGCUGGUACUAGAAGUGGUUGUGCUAGAACUGCUUGUAGUCGAGGUACUGGUAGUCGAAGUCGAAGUUGA